AUGGCGACGAAAAAUAAACUCGAACUUCCAUCGUCACCGACGUUUUCUCAAAUGAUGGAGGAUUUGGAAAUUAUGUCGACAGACGAAAAGAUUUUCCAAUUAUGUCAAUUGGCAGAGCAAACGAAACAUGACGAAACAUCGAAUGCAACUACAAUUGAAAAGACAUAUGGACUUAUCAAUGAAUUUCUUGCUCGACUAGAAACACUAAAACGUCUUGAUUCAACUCUAACAGCUCAAAAUGAUACAAAUAAUGAUCAACUUGAAAAUAAACUGAAAGAUAUUAUUGAACAACUUCAAACGUGUCUGACUAAAUUGCAAACGAGAUCUUUUUCGAAUACUAAAACUGUUUUAUCUGAUAAUAAAAAUUGA